UCAACCUUCUAUUCCGCUCAUUACCUCGUCAAUAAAGGCACUUGGCAGAAGAAAGAUGCCCGUGCCACGAAUGGCACGAAUCAAGUAAGGUACAGAGCGGCGCAACAAGACUCGCCGCAUCCCUGCACAUACGAUGGCGUGCCCUAGAGCAGGAUGCUCACUGUCCCUGUUCCUCGGUAUACGUAUAAAUUCGGUUUUCCGGGGUACUGAGAGUAUCUGGAUCAUCUUUUUGUACAGAAUCGAAUGUAUUGAGACUGGAUGCGAUGGUUGGGGUAUCUCGGGUUUUACUCGUCCAUCAUCGGCGUACUCGCGCGAAUAUCGGCCUAAAUGCUUUCUCUUACCUAAUAGCGUUGACAAUUAUUUCCAUGAUCAUCACAGUUGCUGUCAGGCGUCAGAUACUGUCCACAAGACUCGCACUCACAGAAAUUGAGCCUGGCCUGACUUCGGAGGUUGCUCCAAGUGCUCACUAUGUUCGUCGCGCUGUGCAGACUUGAGCGCACAUUGCCACGAGACUUACCAGCUUGUAUGAUAACAGCAUUUCUCAGGCUGCUGUCAGC